CCCACCGGCAUCGACAUCGAGGCAUGGACGGUCGAACAGGCAGCCGAGGCGCUGCAGGCAACAACCAUCUCGACGCCGGCCCCUCCUAGACUCCGCGCCAACGUCACGAUUGAGAUCCCGCUCGACGAUGAUGCCCUCGCUGCUGCGAAUACCAUGGCCACCGCUCAGCCACGAUCAAAGCAAGAGGUUCACACCGUGUACAAGAGGCAAGAGCCCGUCCGUCGCGACAGCUUGAAACGCCGCGAAGCCUUGCUCAAGGGCAAGGAGGGCAGUCGUCGCAGACAGCGAUGGGAGAACGACCGCCUGCUUAGCAAUCCCUAUGCUCAGCCUCCUCUGCCUAGCGACUGGGAGGUCCGUCCCACAUACCCUAUCCACAGCGUUCCAUACUUCCUGGCCCCGCUGUGGGAUGCCGAGUACAAGGCCAAAGCACAAGCCAAGGUGAACACUCGCCGCGCAAACAACGUUGGCGACAUACGCGCACACGGGUCCAAGGAGGAACAAGCUGCGGCUAGAGUCCCGCGUGAGCUCCGCGAGAAGCUCAAGAAGAGCCGCGGUGCAAAGAACAUGCUGCAAGAUCUUGAAGAGGAGGUUAGAAGCUUCGUACAACAAUGGUCUUCUAAGGAACGUCAGAUGGCCGAGGAUGGCCUGGUCGAUGGUGACAGCGAGGACGAGGAGAUCGUUUUCGUUGGCCGUAAUGGUGCAAUGAGCGACGACCGCAGACGUUCCAAGAGCGUUGUCAGCGACGACAGCAGUACUGCGAGCAUCAGCAGUAAUGAUCUAGCAAGAGAGCGGAUGAUCCUCGAGACUCUCGCCGACGAUCGCAGCGCUGCAUUCGGGUACUCAUUAGACNGCUGGCUUGUACAUUCUAUCGCGACAUACUAUGGUCUAGAGACGUGGUCAGUUACAAAGGGCAGUCCCGCUCGCCGUGAGGCCUACAUAGGUCUUAAGCACAAGGCUGCCCCGGCGUUUUCCGAGUUACCACGACCUCUCUAUGUUCUCGUC